AUGAACCAAGUGUGUGAACUAAUCAGCAAAAAUGUCGAUGUGAUUGUGAGUUUAACAGCGUGUUCAGUAGCUGAAUAUUUAGAAGGUGAAACUCAUCGUUAUCACAUACCUCAUAUUGCAAUACCAAGGCCAGCAUGCAAGAACAAACAAACAUCAGAGACUACAGCAACAACUACAAUAUGGAUCCAGACGGAUGCAGGUCGUAUGGCCAAGGCAUUUUUGGCGAUCAGCGAAAUAGAACGUGCUUCACAUGCGCUUAUUUUAGCUGAUGGACCGUCAGAUAUCUAA